AUGGCUCCCUCAUUCGUGACCAUUGAUACGAACGACGUCGACUUCGGUAUGGCACAACCAACUAUCGACGCUCGACGCACCCUCCUCCUCGCACCUCCCUCCAUUGCAACCCACGAAGACAAAUUACGCGAUCUCUUUACAUCAUUCCCCCGCGAAUUCAGCGACCUCCAAAUGCUCGACCGCCUCUCAGCCGGUGUGAUCAACCUCCCUUCAAACACAUACGACUUCGUCCUAGUCCUCACAGACUCCGACGGCUCUCGGCGCGCUGAGGCCCUCCAGCUCCUCACUCGAGAUGUAUACACCGCCCUCGUUCCAGCCAUGAAGCCCGGCGCAAAGUUUCAGACGCAAGGUAAGGCCCUCGAUGCCAUCGAGGCUAUGGAGGCUGUUCUUGCAGGCCUAGUGCAAACAGAGAGUGGAUUUGAGAAACCGAAUUACGAACAAGCAUCCGCUGUGCCACUGCGGUUUGGUGCAAAGAAGCAGAAGACCACUACUACCCCACCUGUGGGAGUUGGAUUCGCCGUGAAUGGGUAUAAUGCGAAUAACCAUGAUCGGGAUGAUACCGAUGAGUUGAUUAAUGAGGACGAUCUUCUGGAUGAAGAGGAUUUCACAAGACCUAUCAUGCCUCCUCCAGAGUGCCAGCCUAAGACUGGCCGCAGACGGCGAGCCUGUAAGGACUGUACAUGCGGUCUAGCUGACCGACUGGAAGCAGAAGAUAAAGAGCGUCGCGCGAACGCGGAUAAGAAUUUGAAUGUUCUAAAGCUGGCAUCGGGCGACUUGAAUGAACUGGACUUUACCGUCGAGGGCAAAACUACCGGCUCCUGUGGGAGCUGUGCCCUUGGUGAUGCUUUCCGGUGCGCGGGCUGUCCAUAUCUAGGUAUGCCUGCGUUCAAGCCUGGCCAAGAGAUCCAGAUUUUGAAUGACGCACAGUUGUAA